AAGCUUCUCUGAGAAGAAGGAGCCGAUCAGGAAAGAGACAAAUAGUUCUGAAGUGAUCCUGAAGAUGUUUCAGAAGAUGCUCUUCGUUCCUGAAGAAGCAGAACUAAGAAGACUUUGUUCUUGUUGCGGUUUCCAAAGGAAGAAGCAGAUGUUAGUGGUGUUUGUGAUCCUGGUUUGCGUUUCCCAUCAUGCCUCAGCUGUGGACAUUCAUGAGGGGGACUGGUUCCUGCUGCCCUGUGAGUUUCCCACAUUCGACGUGGUCAACCCCACAGUGGUGUGGAGCCGACCCGAUCUCAGUCCUUCCACCGUCCACCAGCGUCAGCAGGACGGUGAUGAACUUAAAGACCAGAACCAGCUUUACAGAGGCCGAACAUCGAUGAGCACAGACGCCCUAAAGACUGGAGACCUGAGUCUGAACCUGACGGGACUGAAACUGUCUGACAACGGAACCUACACCUGCUCUGUUACAGGGUUCAGAUUUCUGGAGAAAGUCACCAACGUUCACCUGCAGGUCAAAGAACAAUUUCCAUCCUGGGUCAAAGCUCCCCUGGUUCUCCUGACUAUUAUUCUUGUUGUUGCUGUGGGUCUGUUAGUAUAUUUUCGUCAGUACUUCAUGGCAGUUAACCAGGUGGAGGUGGAGUCAGGGGAAGAAUCUGUCCUGCUGCCCUGCAAAACCACAGUCUGUCUGCCAGCAGACAUCAGGGUGGUGUGGACAGACAGAGAGAACAGAACGGUCCAUGUGUACCAGAACGGUUCUGAUCAGCAAGAAGAACAACACACUCUUUACAAUGGUCGAACAGAGAUGAAGAGAACCCUGCUGAGACCUGGAGACGUCAGCCUGAAGAACCCCACAUACAAAGACAGAGGAACCUUCACUUGCACCAUAUAUAGCAGUGAGGGAAAUGUCCUGUUGAAGAAACAGGUGCAUCUCUGGGUCAAAGUCCAACGAGUAAAGGUGGAUUCAGGGGAGGGGUCUGCCCUGCUGCCUUGUAAAGCCACAGUUCACCUGCCUGAAGACGUCAGAGUGGAGUCGAGGGACAGUAAGAUCAGGACGGUCCAUGUGCAUCAGAAUGGUUCUGAUAAGCCUGAGGAACAAGACAGUUUUUACAGAGGACGAACAGAAAUUAGGAGAAAUCUGCUGAGAACUGGACACUUCAGUCUGAGUCUGAAGAACCCAACAGAUGAAGACGCAGACAUCUUUACCUGCACCGUUUACAACAGCGAGGGAAACAUCCUGAUGAAGAAGCAGGUGCACCUCUGGGUCUCAGUCCAACAGGUCGUGGUGAAGUUAGGAGAGAAAUCUGUCCUGCUGCCUUGUGAAGCCUCAAUUCACCUGCCUGAAGAUGUUAGAGUGGCAUGGACAGACAGUAAAAAAAGAACGGUUCAUGUGUAUCAGAACGGUUCUGAUCAGCCUGAAGAACAAGACCAUAUUUACAAAGGACGAACAGAAAUGAAGAGGAACCUACUGAAACCUGGAGACGUCAGUCUAAAGAACCCAACAGAUGGAGACACAGACAUCUUCACAUGCACCAUCUACAACAGGGAGGGAAACAUCAUCAUGAAGAAACAGGUGGAUCUGAAGGUCAAAGUCCAACAGGUGGAGGUGAAGUUAGGGGAGGAGUCUGUGCUGCUGCCUUGUAAAACUACAGUUCAUCUGCCUGAAGAUGUGAGAGUGAAGUGGACAGACAGUAAGAACAGGGCGGUCCAUGUGUAUGAGAACGGUUCUGAUCAGCCUGAAGAACAACACAGUCAUUACAGAGGACGAACUGAGAUGAAGAGAAACCUGCUGAGAACUGGAGACGUCAGUGUGAGACUGAAGAACCCGACAGAUGGAGACAUGUUCACCUGCGCCAUCUACAACAAGGAGGGAAUUCACCUGAUGAAGAAGCAGGUGGAACUCUUGGUUUCAGUCCAACAGGUGGAGGUGGAGUCGGGGGAGGAGUCAGUGCUGCUGCCUUGUAAAACCACAGUUCACCUGCCUGAAGACGUCAGAGUGGAGUGGAGAGACAGUGACGAUGAUAUGGUCCAUGUGUAUCAAAACGGUGAUCAGCCUGAGGAACAACACAGUCAUUACAUUGGCCGAACAGAGAUGAAGAGAAACCUGCUGAGAACUGGAGACGUCAGUGUGAGACUGAAGAACCCGACAGACAAAGACACAUACACCUUCACCUGCACUGUCUACAGCAGUCAGAGAAGGAUACUGAUGAAGAAACAGGUGGAGCUGAAGGUCAAAGUUCACCAGGUGGAGGUGGAUUCAGGGGAGGAGUCUGCCCUGCUGCCUUGUAAAGCCACAGUUCACCUGCCUGAAGACGUCAGAGUGGAGUGGAGGGACAGUAAGAACAGGACGGUCCAUGUGCAUCAGAACGGUUCUGAUACACAUGAAGAACAACACAGUCUGUACAGGGGACGGACAGAGAUGAAGAGAACCCUUCUGAGGAUUGGAGACAUCAGUGUAAGACUGAAGAACCCAACAGAUGAGGACACAGGAACCUUCACCUGCACCGUCUACAACAGGGAGGGAAACAUCAUGAUAAAUAAACCUGUCAUCCUACAGGUCAAAGGUGCACAGGAGGUAGAAGAAAGAUGUGCAACAAUUGGAAGUAACACCACUCUUCUAUAUGUCUUCAAUAAUACAAUUGAAGACCCAGAUGAAAUAUGGGAAUUAACAAAAAACGGAGCAAAUAUUUGUGAAUGCUGGAAUAAGAAACCACUGCCUGGAAGGAGAGUUGAUAUUUCCUGCGAAAGCGUAGCAACAGGAAAUGUGUCGGUCAAGCUGCCUGUUGUCAACACAUCAGCCCAAGCAAAAUACUGUCUUUACCAGUUUAAAGGGAAUCAUAACAAAUGUCUAAGUUUAGUUGUGAAGAGUAACUGCACUGAAGCCGAUAAAACCCUGUCCACUAUUUCCACUGGUCUGACUAAUUCCACUGAUGAUAUUUCUGUUACUGUUGCUCUGUCAUCGCCGUUAUUAUCCCGUCUGUUUGUCUUGUAGCAGCUUUAGUUUGUUGGAGAUGUCAAAGUAAGUUGUAUCAAUUUCUGUAAAAUCCUUUCAUCUUCAAGUUUUCUGUUUAUCUAUAAGGACAGAAGGACAAACUGUGUUUCAUUAAUUUUACAAGUCAACUCUGUCCUACAGUAAGUUUACAUUAAUUCACAGCUAAACUACAGCAAGUUUAUGUAAUCAAGACUCACAUGUCCAACCUAAGUUAAAACACUGAUUAUUAUCUGGUUCUGGAGUCAGAAUGUUCUGUGAUUCAAACCUAACCACACAAAUUUAAGAUAGACAAAUGUCUUUGUUUGUCUCUUGUACAUGCAUGUAAUUAUCCAGGUCAAAGACAGAAGCAACGCAGCUGGCAAAAUGUACAUGAAGGUACAUGUAUCUGAGGUGAUGACACAUAAAUACGCAGACCUUCAUCAGUAGCCACUUCGUACCAGCCUAAAUCUAAAUUCUCUGGACAGAGGAAUCCUGAAGUUUGCUCAGCGCCGAAGCACAAACUGCUAAAAAUAAUUCCUUUUAUGUUUAGAUUGGAUUAAUGGUAUGGGGAAUAAUGAAUUUUAAAUGAUUGUGGUAUAGAGAAGAUCUUUUUUUUUUUUUUUAAUGCUCCAAUAAUGGCUCAUUCAUGUGAAAGUAUAUGUGUAGUAGGUAGAAGUGACUCUGAACAAGGAGGUCGAAGGAUGACGACUGGUCAGUGUGUGAAAGAAGCACUAACGCCGCCAAAGAAGUGCAGCACACUGAGAUUUAGCAAGGAAACGUUUUUGGAGGUGAACAGUGUGUUUUCUAAAUUUACCGGAUGAUGUAUUUUAAUGUUUUACUCUGUUAGAUUCAGAAUGUUGUUUAGAGAAGUAAUAAUACUGAAUGAAAUGAUUGGCUUACAGUAUUAAUGCUACCAGAACAUUGACAGUAUUUAUAUAUUAGUAUUUUAAUAAUUUUCUUUUUAAUUUUGGACUUAUACAUAUUUGUUGUAUUUAUACCCAGUGUAAAUAAUUAGUUAUAUAUUUUAUAAAACACGUCAGGUAAAUAAAGUUAAAAUAUAUCAUAAUA